AUGUCCUCAGAUGAAGAAUAUAUCUAUGAAAGUGAUCAUGAUAGUGGACACGAGUUAAAGAAUGAGUUGAAUUCGUGGGAAGUACCAAUUAGAACUACCGUGCCAUCGGCAUCCUCGUUGACACCAAGACGUUCACGGUCUUCUUCAGUAGGUAGCACAAGCACUACCUCUAGCAGCAGGCCCAAAAACUAUCUAUGUGAUUACGAUGGUUGCGCUAAAGCAUUUACGAGGCCUUCGUUACUGACGGAACAUCAACAAACCAUCCAUCAUGGAAUUAAAUCAUUCAAAUGUAACGAAUGUACAAAAUCAUUUGCAAGGAAAACGCAUUUAGAAAGACACUUAAUUUCACAUUUAAAUGACAAGGAUAAACCAUUUCAUUGUAAAUAUUGUAAUAAAGGCACUACAACAAGGCAGCAGUUGAAAAGACAUGAAAUCACACAUACCAAAUCCUUUCACUGCCCUUACAAAGAUUGUGAUGAAAGCUUCCACAAACACCCACAGUUAAGAUCACAUAUUUUAUCACUGCAUGAGAAAAAACUGGCUUGUAAGCAUUGUGGGAAACAUUUCCAGCGACCUUACAGGUUGAAUAGUCAUAUACAAAAGCAUCAUAAUCCAAACGUUGAGAACCCAUAUUCUUGUUCAUUUUCUGGCUGUCUACAAAGUUUUAGAACAUGGACUCAAUUGACCUUACAUAUUAAGAAUGAUCAUCCAAAAUUACAAUGUCCCGUUUGCCAAAAAUUUGUAGUUGGUGAAAGUGGUCUACAAAUGCAUAUGAAAAUCCAUGACGAUUCGUUAGUUUCCAGAAAUUGGAAGUGCAAACAUUGCGUUGACGGCUCUUUUCAAAAAAAGUCUGAUUUAAUAUCCCACUUCUCUGACGUGCAUCCCGGUUUGGAUUUACCUGUAGAGCUAACUUAUCAUCCCGCUAUAACUCUACCUGAAUUGAAAGAGGCCAAAGAAGAUUAUAUUGAUGAUUUUUCCGAUCGUCUUAAUGAAGGAAAUACUCAUUUGGAAGAAAUCGAACAAGAAAUUAAACUGAACAAGUUUUUGAAUGAAAAUUCUUCCAUGAAACUUUUGCUAAAUACAGUCGGAAGAAAACUUACAUGUCCAUUUAAUAAAUGCUAUAGAACAUUCAAAACACAAGAGCGUUACGAUCUUCAUAUUGAAAAACAUAAAAUUCAUCAGCUGAAGCUGAAAUUAUUGGAAGAAAAGAAAGAAGCUCGGGAGGAAGUUCAGAAGGAAGUCACAGAAUAA